CUAUAAAUCUCCCCUUUCUUUGUACACCUUCCUCCUUCCCUUUCUGCUAGUUACAUGACAGACAUACCUGAAAGCAGGACUAGACAGUUAGUUAUGCAGCCGUUUAACUGUAUAAGCUUCUUGCUCGGUCUGGCCAUCCUCGCGGCCACCCUUGGGCCCUUCGUCACCAUUGCACAUAGAGAAUUGCUGAUGGUAGCUGGCAGUAAGAGAGGAGUAGAAAUCAAGCUGGUGCUUAGUGUUGACAAAACCAGCAAAGAUGAGGAAAUAAGAAACAAUGUAUUGACAGGACAAAAGCUGACUUUUGGAGAUGCUGUCGCGGAGAAGAAGGGCGCGAAGAAUUCUGAAAGCAAAACAAGCUCAGGAGAAAUUAAGAAUUACUCAAUUAAUUCACAUGCGCCUACAAACCUAAAGGAUAGUAGUAGCUCCAGGAUGCAGGCAGGACCAUCCAUGAACAGAGUAAAACUAGAAGGAAGUGCAUCAGAGCUAGCACUGAACAUUCCAAAUCCUCAACAUAUCAGAACAUUGCCAUUCAAGCAUUCUUCCAGGAAAUUAAAUGCAGGCUCUAAAAAGGAACUGAGGGAUUCAAUCGUUUGCAGCACCUUGUAUAAAGUUAAUGGCGAUUGGAAGGAGAAAAUGCUAGAAGCCAGUGAUGAAGUUCUGAAAUUUCUUAACAAGGAUUACAAUGCCUCUCCCCAUAAGAGGAGACCUGUUCAUAACUAAGGAAGGUCAAUGCACUUUGCCAAAUCCUAGUCUUGUGACCUGAGUUAAUGCUCUAGCAGUGAACCAGUAUGAUCUAAUGCUGU